AUGGACAGGAAUAUUUAUUCGGCAUAUAGUCAACGAGAGGGUUAUCUCCGGAAGUUUUUUAACGACGAUUCAUCACUCUCAGAGUCGGAGAAGAGUUUUCUUAUUGAUAAAGCUCGAAGCUAUCUUGAUAUUGCCAGAGAAAAUUUUAAAAACUGGACUUCAGGAAAUAUAAAAAUUGACGAGCUGAUCCAAGAAUGUCAGCAAAAGGUCAUAUCGCCUAAGUAUAUUAUCGAAUGGAUUGAUUACGGUCAAUUUCAAGACAUUAAGCAUAAGGCAGAAGGCGGAUGCGCUACAAUAUAUUCGGCGAGAUGGAAAGAUGGUCCAUAUAGUAGAUGGGAUUCUGAUAAUCAAUUACUAAAAAAGAUCCGAAGAACAGGUCAUUCUAAAAAGAUUCAAUAA